AUGAUCCAUAGAUGCGCUGGCCAGGAGAUAUAUGAUUGGUCCACGGUGAAGAUUUGCAAGGACUACCAUCCAGUCUUCCAUCCAGAAAGUCUCAUAAAAGAGUCCUUGCUCAUUGUAUUGGCCCAAGAGGGCAUUAGUGAAGUCGCCAAAUCGAUGGCUGUUCUCGAGUCGAGGUCGAUUCGGUCCUCAUUUGGACCAUGUUGGCAAUCACAACAGGCACAGCUUGCCUCGAUCGGCCCUUCCAACGGCAUCUGCGGACAUCGUGGCGCAGCGCAGAGUGACAUCAUCCCUUGGAAACAAGCCACGAGUGUCCGUACAUACUCUAGAAGAGCGGCCUGUUCCCUUUCUGGUCCUCGUCCUUCUGCCAGCGUCUCCUCUCCCUUGGCCGCUAUCAUUGCUGUCGUCCUUAGGUUCAGGUUUCGACGUCAACAUCCUCCCAGCGCGUACAACGACAACACAUCCAAUCCCCUGACAUCCCGUAUACGACGACAGACAAUCCACCGCUGCGCUUGUACCAUGGUGUAUCCACGCGGCUCUGGCAGAGCAUUGCUGCUCAGCGCAAGUUUUGGUCUUGUCAGGGCCGUUGCUGUGCCUGAGCCGACGCCAGUGCCUGCAAAGGUCGAGGUUCGCGCUCCUGUAGUGACUCCCGCACUCAUCCGAUUCGAUGGGCGCGGGAGCUACAUUCAGAAGCGCAAUAUCAUCAGCGAUAUUGCAAAUGGCGUCCAAGGCAUCGAGAAGUCAUGGGCAAGUGUCUUGGGCACCGACUUGCCCAGCUUCUUCACCGAAGGCAUUCCUGGAUGGUUCGAUAGUGUGCCCACAGGUGACCAAGUGCUAUCGAGCGCAGGCAUCAGCCGCGCCGACCUCGACGCGAAGCCUACCGAGGUGCUCAAUAUCCCACCAUAUGGCAAUUGGACCGACCUGGGCUGGAAUGUCCGCUUCCACGGCAACGUUUACAAGAUCCCGGAUAUCUCGCAGAGCAAGAUCGAUGAGCUAGCCAACGUCUUCCUUAUCGACACCAGCGUCGAACAAUUGCCUGACGAUCAGAAGGCAAACGCCCGCAACCUCACGCGCUCGAUUUUCAUUGUCCAGCAAUCUGACCAAAAUGUCUCCCUAUCUCUCGAGCCCGCUCCUUUACAAGGUGGCGACGGCGAACCGGGCGGCGGCAAUGCCAUCCCCGCGACUGGUGGCGUCCAGAACUUUACGCUUCCUUACCCCACAACCGAACAAGGCGACUUCGACGUCUUUGUGCCAAUCGAGCUGAACGGCCUGACUCCUGGUAACGAGACGAACAAUGUCCAGCGCCUCAACGUCUACACCAACGGCACCCUAACCGGCAACGCUACCGCCUUCCUCGUCCCGAGCACUGGCAUAACCUUCAUCUCCGACAUUGACGACAUCCUACGCGUCACCAAAAUCUACAACCCGAAAGAAGGCCUCCUGAACUCCUUCGCCAGAAAUUUCACACCCUGGGAAAACAUGCCCGACAUCUACGCAAACUGGAGUCGCAGCCUGCCCCCCAACACGCACUUCCAUUACCUGACGACGACGCCUGAGCAAGCCACGAGAAAUUACAUGGACUUCAUUUACAAGACCUACCCAGGCGGCUCCUUCGACACGCGCCCCCUGAACUUCAGCGACGUCUCCGCCACGCUCUCGAUCCGCAAAUUCCUGCUCGACAAAAUCUUCGCCACCUUCCCCGACCGCAAAUUCGUCCUCAUCGCCGACACGAGCAACAGCGACGUCAUGAAGGCCUACCCAGAGCUCGCACACCAACACCCCAAUCAAGUCCAAUGCAUACUCCUGCGCAACACCAGUGCAACCGAUAGCGAGAUGUGGUUCCCAUAUAACACGGCUGGGUUUGAAGGCCUGAAUAGCAAGAAUUACAUGUUUUUCCGCCAUGCCGAAGAUCUGAUGGGGUUGGAUAUUGCAGGUGGCCAGUGCUUGAAUGAGAGUGUGCCGCAGAAUGUUACGUUUAGUCGGCAGGCGGAGAUUUUGGGCAUCCAUGGGAGUGGGGCGGUCAAGGUGGGUGGUAGUAAGACAUUGGGGUUUGUGGUGGCGUUUGUGGCGGCUAUGUGCCUGGUGUUGUAG